AUUUUAUAAUAAAAAAAAACAGUAACAUAAAAUAAAAUGCUACGACUGUUAACAUGUAUUGAGUAUUUCUGAAUUUACUUUGCUAAUAGUAUUCAUUUAGUUAAAUAGAUCUAAAAGUUUUGGAAAAAAUUAUUUUGUCAGUCAAUGAAAAACUCAACUUUGGAUUGCAGCAAGUUUAUUGAAUAAUAUUAGUCUCGCAAUAGGAAAAUUUUAAUAGGGAAAAUAAGAAAAAUUGUACUUAAAGAGUUAGAAAUAAGUGAUACAGAAAUCAACACGUGUAUUACUAAUACAAAACAAAAAUUCAAAAAAAGCAAUGGAAUUGACAGUGAAAUCAGUCAUCUCUUAAACAUUAUGACUAGCAAAGAGAUUACCGUGACCAAAUUAAAAAAAAAAAAGAAAGAUUUGAAAAUUGAUGAAAGUACAUUAGCACUGAUUUGUGAAACAAGUAUAGAAAAUGACGCACAUAAAAAGAAAGACAAAAAAAAGAAAAGGAAAAGUGGAGAAACGGAUAUCAAAUUAUUUGAUAGCUCAGACAUUUCGGCAGACUAUUUGAUACCAUAUCAAAACUAAAAAGGAAAAAGAAAAAAAAACGUAACAAUAUUGAAACUAAUGAUUUUGCUUCAUCAAUUUUUCACAAAACACCUUCAGAUAUUGGCCAUUCUUUAAAUCAAGUAAAAGAUAACAAAAGGAAAAGGAAAAAUAUUGACAAUGACACAUCUAUUUAUUUAAAUUAUUCUGAACGACUUGAUGUUCCUAAAAGUUACUCAAAGAAAAAGAAAACCAUUAAUGAUGGUGUUAGUCAGACUUCUUCAAAAAAGAAUCUUUGUACUUCAUCAACAUUAAUAGAAAAAAUAAGAAAAAGUGAACUUAAAGAGUUAGAAAUAAGUGAUUCAGAAAUCGACACAUGUAUUACUAAAAGAAAACAAAAAUACAAAAAAAGUAAUAGAAUGGACAAUGAAGUCAGUCAUCUUUUAAAAAUUAUGACAAGCAAAGAGAACACCAUGUCUAAAUUACGAAAUUCAAAGGGAGAAAAUAAUGAAGAUUUAAAAAUUGAAAAUGCUAAAUUAGAAUACAUAUGUGAAACGAGUAUAGAAAAUGACGCACAUAAAAAGAAAGACAAAAAUAAGAAAAGGAAAAAUAGAGAAACAGAUAUCAAAGUAUCUGAUUCCUUAGACAUUUCGCCUGACAAUUUGAAUACCAUUUUAAAAUUAAAAAUGAUAAAGAAAAAAAGAAAUAACAAUAUUGAAACUAAUGAUUUUGCUGCAUCAAGUUUUGACCAAAGGCCUUCAGGUAUUGGCCAGUCAAGUAAAAAAAAAAAAAUUAACAAGAACACAUCAAAUUAUUUAAAUGAUUCUACAGAUAAUGAUGUUAGUCUGCCAACAAUAAUUAAAACAAAAAAAAUUAAAUAUAAGGAAUUAAAUACGGCAUCAUCUUUACUUCAGUCUUCAGAAAUAAAUAACAUUGUUGGCAAGAAGAGACUCGAAGAAAACCAAAAACCCAAAUCAUGUAUGAAUAUUUUAACAAAAGAAAAUAUAUUACAAACACAAUAUAAAAAAAAAAAUGACCUGCUACUAGAAAAGAAAAAAACUACAGUGAAUCAAAAUGGUUUGAGUGAGUCAACUUAUUACAUGGUGAAAAAAUUAGCUAAACAUUUAAAAGAGCAAAAGAAAAACGAUAUUAACAAAGUAUCUGUUUCAACUAAAGAAUGUACAACUGACAUGAACAAUACUUCGGACAAUUCAUCAGUUCAUGAUAUUAAUGAAAAAUAUGUGACAUGCGCUAUAUGCCAUGAAUGGUUUUUAAAUAUACAUAUUUACCAACAUAUGCAAACUCACAUUGAUAAUUUGCACAAACCUGAUACAUACUGCAAGUCUUUAAAAAAAAAGGCUGAUUUAAUAAAACAUCAAAUUAUUGACACUACUGAAGGAGCAGCGUAUAAAUGCAGUUUAUGUGAAAAAACCUAUAAACACCUUAGUAGUUUAACAGUACAUUACAGAAUUCAUACAGGAGAAAGCCCUUUUGAAUGUGAUAUUUGUGACAGUAUGUUUACUCAGAAGUCAAGUUUGUCCAGGCACAAACGAAUUCAUACAGGAGAACGCCCUUUUAAAUGUGAUAUUUGUGACAGUGCGUUUGUUGAUAAUUCACAUUUGUCUAGACACAAACUAAUUCAUACAGGAGAACGGCCUUUUAAAUGUGAUAUUUGUGACAGUACAUUUACUCACAUGCCAGAUUUGAUUAAUCACAAUCGAAUUCACACAGGAGAACGCCCUUUUGAAUGUGAUAUUUGUGACAGUGCGUUUACUCGCAUGCCAAAUUUGAUCAAUCACAAUCGAAUUCACACAGGAGAACGCCCUUUUGAAUGUGAUAUUUGUGACAGUGCGUUUACUGUGAAGUCAAAUUUGUCUAGACACAAACUAAUUCAUACAGGAGAAAGGCCAUACUCUUGUAGAGUAUGCGGACUUGCUUUCAAUCAACAAAGCAUUCUCAUUGCUCACAAAAGAAUACACACCGGUGAAAGACCUUAUAAAUGUAGAAUAUGUAGUAAAGAUUUUAGAAAAACUGGAAACUUAACUAGACAUGUAAAAAAUGUACAUAACAAAGGUUAUUAAAGAUUCACUGUUUCAAUAUGUUAUUGCUUACAUCUUAUACAAACUAUUCUUGAAAUAUUGAUUUUUAUUGUAUAUAAAUAUUUUUCAUUUGUUUUCUGAUUGAAAAAUCACAAUUCGACAUUAUCUCAUUUUAAAACACAAUUUUAUGCAGCCUGAACAGAAAUUCAAUUAAGGAAAAUACUAUUAAAUCAAAUUAACCUUGCUUUAAUAGUACAAGAAAUGAGAGUUUGGCCACAAAAAACCCAAUUAACCCAAUUAGUGCGUAUAAAUUAUACAUUUAUAACUUUACUGAAAAUUUUAUGGUUAAUCAUUUUCAGGACUAAUAUUGUGAAUUUAAUUUUUAUUUAGACUUUAAAAAAACUCACCCAUUUUACGGUAUUAUAAAUUUUUUUAAUUAUGUUGGUACCUAUUUGUAUGGUCUUGUGUUCUAAAUUUGGGCUAAUUGAUAUUAUUUAUUGUGAAAAUACAUUUAUUCGACAAACUUCUUGUUCAGAAAUGUAAUUUAAACCCGUGUGAAGAGUUAAGUUACAAGAAUCUUAUACAUUUUUUCAUUAGGUGUCUACGCCUUUUUUGCAAACUCUUCUCAUUGACACUUGUUUUAUUUAAAGGAACACAUGCUUUUAGGCUAUUCAAUAUGCUUAUCACCGUUUCUAAUUUAUAGGUAUCAUUUUAACUGGUUUAAACAAAGAGCAUCAUCGUAUAGUCUUAUGCUUAAGAAAACAAUAUAAUGAUGUAUGUAGUAAUAUGUUGUGUCCAUGUCUUGUAUGUGUACUUCAAUAAUAUUGCCUAAAAAUAUAAGUUACUCCUGUCUGACCGUUUAUACAUUACCACAAUAAACACUAGUGUGCUUAGAACAACUGUUGCUUUUACAAAUAAGGUCUUUUUUAAAUUAUAAUAGUAAACAAAUAAAGGGCACAUGGGAAAAACGGUAAUAGUCACAUUAUGAAAAUUUUUUUCUUCAAAUAGUUUUUUUCAAUUAUUU